AUGAGGUACUAUGUCAUAACCACGAACGACCGCGUAUACCACCGAACGCGUCGUAUUGGUCUAGAAGACUAUCGUGUCGGUCGAGCGCAGAACCCAGGGAUGAUGAGCAGUUGUGAAGUUUCGAUUGAUGUUCCGUCAUGGGUGCCGGCCGCAAUCGCGUUCGGCAUUUCUGUCGCAGUGGCUAUUGCAGUUAUUAUUGCCUAUAUCCUUCGCGAAAUGGAGAGAUAUAGGACAUUCUAUGGUCGAGAGGAUAAGUUGUCCUCAAAGGAGCAACCAGCAGAAAUAAAAAAGAAAGAGGAAAUGGAUGCAUAUGUUUUGGGGCGAUGUAGUGAAGAGGUGCUAGUCAUAAAGAGUCCUCCCCAAAACUCGCCUGGUGCGCAGGGAACUGCUCGGAGUGGAGUGAAGGUGAUGUUAAGGAAAAAACGAGUUAUAAUGAGGACACCUAUCAAGCCACCAGCAACUUCGAUUCCUGCCAGCUUGGAGGUAGCGUCACCUAAUGUGAUCAACUUCACUGUAGUCUAUGAUAAAACCGGACGAGCGUUUGAGCUAAUCGAUGUUCUGAAUAAGGAGCCCGUGGUCCAGGGUACUCGCACAAAGCGUGCCGACGCUCUGCUGCAGCAGAUCAAGGACCGCCUAGAAGCGGCUGGAAGCAAGCCAAAGUCUACUGUAAAGAAGACUCAGAUGAGUGGCGAACCGGAAUAUAAAGUUAAAAUGCCAAAAUCGAUAAAUUUGUGA